AUGUCUGACUUUAAAAAAAACGACACAGAAGUCGUUACCAAAAUUGACUCCAACUCUGAAGGAGUCGUCAAAGAUUACUACGAUCAAUCUCAUGAAAAUUUCGACCCUGAUUCAGGUGUCAAGCGUGGUCUUAAGACUCGCCAUUUAUCUAUGAUGGCCCUUGCAGGUAUCAUUGGACCUGGUCUUUUGGUUGGUUCCGGUGGCGCUUUAGCCAAUGGUGGCCCACUUGCUCUUAUUAUUGGUUUUGGUGUCAUUGGUCUUCUUGCCUUUUCUGUAACCCAAUCUCUGGGUGAAAUCUCUACCGUUUACCCCACUGGUGGUGCCUUUAUGACUAUGGCUGAACGCUUUGUUGACAAGUCUUUUAGUUUUGCUGUUGGAUGGAAUUAUUUUAUUAUUUGGGUCACUGUUCUUGCUAAUGAAUAUAAUAUGAUUACUUCUAUUUUGAGCUUUUGGACAAGCAAAGUACCAAUCUGGGGCUGGUUCCUCAUUUUUUGGGCCUUUUUCAUGAGCUUCCAACUUUUAGGUGUUGAAGCCUUUGGUGAAGCUGAAUAUUGGUUGGCUUUAAUUAAACUUCUUGGUCUUGUCACUUACUUUCUCUUUUCUAUCAUUUAUAUUUCUGGAGGUGUUAAAGGUGUCCCUGCUUUUGGUUUCCAUUACUGGAAAGAUCCUGGCCCACUUUCCCAUGGAUUUAAAGGUAUUGCAAAUGUUUUUGUUUACUGCUCCACUUUUUACGCUGGCGUUGAAUCUGUUGCCAUUGCUGCCACUGAGACCCGCAACCCUUCUAAGGCUGUCCCUACCGCCAUUAAGCAGGUCUUUUGGCGUAUUCUUUUUGUAUACAUGGGUUGUGCUCUUUUCUUUGGUGUCACUGUUCCCUACAAUUCUUCUGAACUUAUGGGCUCUUCUGCUAAGGCUAUGCGUGCUCCUAUGACUAUUGCUCUUGCCAAUGCAGGCUGGGCUGGUGGUGCUCAUCUCGUCAAUACCUUUAUUUUGAUUACCUGUCUUUCCGCAAUCAAUUCAAGUAUUUAUAUUGGUUCUCGUACUGUUUUGUUUAUGGCUAAAGAUAAAACUGCUCCUAAAUUUUUGGCUUAUACCAAUAAGCGUGGUGUUCCAGUUUAUGCCAUUGUUUUUACAAACCUUUUUGGAUUUAUUGCUCUUAUGAAUGUUUCUAAAGGUGCUGCAUCUGCCUUUUCUUAUAUUGUCAAUCUCUCUGGUGUUGCCACCUUUCUUGUUUGGGGAUCAAUUUCCUUUGUUCACAUUCGUUUCCGUCAAGCUUGGGCUCAUUCUGGUUACACUCGUCAAGAUUUGCCCUUUAAGUCACUUUUCCACCCUUGGAAUGCUUACUUUGGUGUUUCCUUUAACAUUUUCUUAGCUUUUGUCCAAGGUUGGGCUACUCUUGCUCCCUUUGAUGCAGGUUCCUUUGUUGAUGCUUAUAUUUUACUUCCUCUCUUCCCUAUUCUUUACUUUGGCUAUAAGUUUGCCUUCAAAACCAAGUACCAUGAUAUCGCUGAUAUCGAUGUGGAGGCAGGCCAGCGCAAGGAUUUAGAUCUUAAGGAAGAUGAUGAGGAACUUGGAGUUGUUACUCAAGAACCAGAAGGUGACUUUUCCGAUGAAACAAAGCUUGAUGCUACAAAACGGGCAGUUAAGAAGCUUUGGAGUAAAUUGUAA